CCGGAAGUGGUGCCCAGGGCUGGUUGUUAGGCGACGGGGAGACGGAGGAAGAUGGCGGAGAGCGGGAAGAGCAAGAGCGGCAGCGGAGGAGCGCCGGCGUCGGCGGGGUCCUCGGGAGGUGCCGGGGCGGCGGCAGCCAAGGCCCUGACGGCGGAGCAGGUGGUGGCUGGAUUUAACCGCCUGCGCCAGGAGCAGCGAGGCCUGGCCUCCAAGGCAGCGGAGCUGGAAAUGGAGCUCAAUGAACACAAGUUAGUUAUCGAAACGCUGCGAGAGGUGGAUCCGACCAGGAAGUGCUACCGGAUGGUGGGAGGCGUGUUGGUGGAGCGCACCGUGAAGGAGGUCCUCCCGGCCCUAGAAGGCAAUAAAGAACAGAUCAACAAAAUCAUAGAGACGCUGAGCCAGCAGCUGCAGACGAAAGGCCGGGAGCUCAACGAAUUCCGGGAAAAGCACAACAUCCGCCUGAUGGGCGAGGACAACCAGAAGGCUCCGGCCAAAGAAAACGCCGAGGGGUCCGGCGCCAAAGCCACUUCUGCGGGGGUCCUAGUCUCCUAGUAGAGGCCAGAGGGCUCUUCUCUUCAAGGACUUAACACCCUCCUUGCUCUCGGCCUCAGAGGCUUAACCUUAUUAUUGUUAUUAAUUUUGGAUGUCAUUCAUUGUAAUAUUUCUUUUGUUAAAUAAACGUUUUGUGUGUCACUUA